CCAGAACAAAGUUUGAGGCACAGCCUUACAUCACUCACCCUCCUCCCGAAUUGCUGGAACUGCUGGGGGAUGGCCGAGGUGCAAGGCUGAGUCAGCCCAGAGGAUCUGGCCAGCGAGCCGCCAGCCCCCGUGCUGGAGACCAGAGUCCCUGGAAGCCUGCUCUCCCCACUCCAAGGAGCAAGAGAAGCUUGUGACUCCACCAAGGCAGGGACAGCGAGGGCUCCUGAAGCGGCAUCCGUGACCUCGAGCAGCCCUAGGGGGCUGCAGACAGGACUUGGGUCUCUCUGCCCGGCCGGCUCAUCGUGAUGCAUUCAUUGAUCGCUGAAGCCUCUCAAGUUUGGAGACAAGGAAGAAACACCCACUGACUCUCCAGGACAGCUGCGUUUCACAGACCCUGGAGAGCAGCUCUUCUCCCUCAGAGCCUGUGAAAAUGUCCCUCUCCCAAGGAGAUGGGAGCUGAAGAGGACGCUUUGUCACAGACCCUCAGGACUUGGACGCACACACGCUGUAACCGCUAAGAAAGCCAUGAGGAAGCUGCUGCCUCUUUGCUGCUGGCACUCCUGGCUGCUGUUAUUUUAUGGAGAGUUUCAGGUGUGUGGAGCCCACUCCAGGUCCGGUGCCCAUCCAGGGUUUGAGGUCUUGGCUUCGGCUUCCCAUUACUGGCCAUUGGAAAAUGUGGAUGGGAUCCAUGAACUUCAGGAUACAACCGGAGGAACCUACGACCUAACUGUGCUUCCUUCCCAUGACUCUACCUUUGUGUAUACCAAUGGCCCUACCUACUCAAAUCUCUCUGCAACUGUGGAUAUUGUAGAAGGAAAGAUCAACAAAGGCAUUUACCUCAAAGAGGAAAAGGGAGUCACACUUCUCUAUUACGGAAGGUACAAAACUUCUUGCAUCAGUAACCCGGCACAGUGUGGCCCUGAAGGUGUCACCUUCUCUUUCUUCUGGAAGACACAAGAACAGUCCAGACCAAGCCCCUCUGCUUAUGGGGGGCAGGUCAUUUCCAGCGGAUUCAAAGUCUGCUCCAGCGGCGGCAAGGGCUUGGUGGAGCUGUACAUGCGUGAGAAUUCCAUGACCUGGGAGGCCAGCUUCAGCCCCCCAGGUCCCUACUGGACGCACGUCCUUUUUACAUGGAAAUCCAAGGAGGGCCUGAAAGUCUAUGUCAACGGGACCCUCAGCACCUCGGACCCAAGUGGAAAGGUGGCCCAUGCCUACGGGGAGCCCGGUGGCAGCCUCGUGAUGGGGCCCGAGCAGGAGCAGACCCAGCGGCACGAGAGCAGGGCUUUUGACGAGUUCAUCGUCUGGGAACGGGCCCUGACUCCGGAUGAGAUCGCCAUGUACUUCACAGCCGCCGUCGGAAAGCAUGCUUUCUUAUCUUCAACACCACCAAGCUUCUUCAUGACACUCCCAGCAAAUGCCAUGAUGCCCACCAACGCCUACCAUCCCAUCAUAGCCAACCUAACAGAGGAGAGGAAAAACUUCCAGAGUCCUGACAUUGCACUGAAUUACCUUCAAAAUGUGUCUCUCAGCUUACCCAAUAAAUGCCUCUCUGAGGAAACAGCGCUGAAUCUCACCGAGACUUUCUUAAAAACCGUGGGAAAGGUUCUUCAACUACCCAGUUGGAUUCAUGUGUCAGAGGACAACACUGUGGUGCUGGGCUUGAUAGACACAGUCGACACUGUCAUGGGCCACAUCGCUUACAACCUGCACACCAGCGAGCCCCAAGUCACCAUCGCGGGCUCUUCUUCCAUAGCAGAGUUUUCACUGGCCAAAGUCCUUCCGAAGACCAUGAAUUCCACCCACUACCGCUUCCCAGCCCAGGGCCAGAGCUACAUCGAGAUUCCCCAUGAGGCUUUCCACAGCCAAGCCUGGACCACCAUUGUGGGCCUUCUCUACCGCACAGUGCACGGCUACUUGAACAACAUCCAGCCGGCCAACACUAGGAUUGCUGAGGCGGCAAAGUACAAACACUGCUCACUGUCUGCCACCAGCCACCUGAUUUCCCUGGAGGUCUCCCCAGCGCCCACCCUCUCCCAAAACCUGUCUGACUCUCCUCUUAUCACCGUCCACCUCAGGCACAAACGGACUGGCCAGCAGUACAGCAAGGCCUCCAAUGCAAGCAGCCGGACCCUCCUGUACUGUGCCUUCCUGGACUUCAGCUCCGGAGAAGGGGUCUGGUCGGACCGGGGCUGUGCGCUCAUAGCAGGGAACCUCAGCUACUCUGUCUGCCGCUGUACUCACCUCACCAACUUCGCCAUCCUCAUGCAGGUGGUCCCAUUGGAGCUCACAGUCGGACACCAGGUGGCGCUGUCGUCCAUCAGUUACGUCGGCUGCUCCCUGUCUGUACUCUGCCUGGCGGUCACGCUGGUCACCUUCGCCAUGCUCUCCUCCGUCAGCACCAUCCGGAACCAGCGCUACCACAUCCACGCCAACCUGUCAUUCGCUGUGCUCGUGGCGCAGGUCCUGCUGCUCCUCAGCUCCCACUUCAAGCGGGGCACUGUCCCCUGCCGGGCGCUGGCCGUGCUCCUGCACUACUUCUUCCUUGGGACCUUCGCUUGGAUGCUGGUGGAAGGGCUGCAUCUCUACAGCAUGGUGAUCAAGGUCUUCGGCUCAGAGGACAGCAAGCACCUCUACUACUAUGGGAUAGGAUGGGGUCUCCCCCUUCUGAUCUGCACUGUGUCCAUCUCGUUUGCCAUGGACAGUUAUGGGACAAGUAACAAAAUCAUCACUGUCAUGGGAGCUAGGCUGGGCCUGCACCUGUGCAGGGGACCCCUCAGAUCAGCUCUGCUGGCUGUCGCUCGAGAGCGGUGCCAUCUGGGCCUUCGUGGGCCCUGCCCUGGCCGUCAUCGUGGUCAACACUGGCAUCCUCAUUGCCGUGACCAGGGUCAUUUCACAGAUCAGUGCCGACAACUACAAGAUGCAUGGAGAUCCCAACGCCUUCAGGCUGACUGCAAAAGCCGUGGCUGUGUUGCUGCCCCUCCUGGGAACCUCGUGGGGCUUUGGCGUGCUUGCUGUCAACAGCCAGGCUGUGGUCUUCCAGUACGUGUUUGCCAUACUCAACUCCUCACAGGGCUUUUUCAUCUUCCUCUUUCACUGUCUCCUGAAUUCAGAGGUGAGAGCCGCCUUCAAGCACAAGACCAAGGUCUGGUCCCUGGCGAGCAGCUCUGCCCGGAACACCAACGUGAAGCCCUUCAACUCUGACCUCAUGAACGGGACCCGGCCAGGCAUGGCCUCCACCAAGCUCAGCCCUUGGGACACAAGUAGCCACUCAGUGCAGCGCGUGGACCUGUCCGCUGUGUGAGCCCAGAGGCUGCUACCCAGCCGGCCUGCUGCUCAGAACAGCCCCAACAAACAUUCAAACACUCUGCCUUCACCAGUGGGACCUGCUCCUCAUUGCUGUCUGGACAUGGGGGUCAUGGCUCCUGACAGCUGUCCUCCCCCAUGACCCUGCAGCUGUGACACAGCCUGCUGCACAGUGAUGGGUGGCUGCUCCUAGCAGGGCACCCUGCUUUGAGCACACAGGACCCAGGACCCAGGACCCAGCACAGAAAUCUUGCCUCUGCACCAUGAUGAGGACUUGGGACCAAGAGGUGGGGUUCUCUAGGAAGGUCAAGGUCCCCACGCACCCCCAGAGGGUCAGGCAGAGGCAGACAGGGUGGGGCAGAGCAUGAGAACUUUCAGCCUGCAGGGUUCACAGGCUCUGAGGGUUCUUGCUCCCAGCAGCCCUAGGCCAGGCCCUGGCUGUGCAGGGUGGCUAGCUGCUCUGACCCUGUCGUGGGCCACUGCUGGGAUCCUGCUCAGCUGGUCCCGUGGUGUCUGCUCUGGGGACCCAUGGCCGGCCUCACUCUACCCCCUUUCGGAGCACCUGUGCCUCCUCAGCUAUCCAUGCACCGCCAGGUUCCCCGUGUCUAGGGCUCUGUCUUCCGAGGCCUGGCCUCUGCAGGGAGUUGCCCCUCAUCACUUCUCAAGGCUGUUCUGUGGUGUCAGGCAGCACAGACCACUGUUGGGGCUUCGCCAGGACUUGCCCUGCUGCGUCUUCCUUGGUCUCGCCCGGGGCCCAGGAGGUGAGCCAGGUGCCCCAGCUCCACGAGGGCCAGGCCCUGGGACGCCAGGGCCUGUGGUCACAGGCGGGAACCAGACGUGCAAUGCCUGGAUACAGGCUGGGCAAGACUGCGCUAAGUGUUUGUGAGACGUGUGGAUAGACGUUCAGACCUGCUUCUGAUACUGGAAACUCUCCCUUUAAAACUGUGACCAUGAUAACAUUAAGCCUCUUGCCCGUCCCCUCAUGUCUGCUCAGCUUCUGGCAAGUUUUACAUGGUCUGAGGACCUUUCCCAUCUUCUGCUGGUACCCUCUUGACCCUGCACCCCCCCUGGAGUCCGCCAGGGGAGGGCCAGACCUCAGUCGUGCUGUGAUGGGGGUUCAUCGCCAUCCUCCCAUCCAGGUGAGGUCCCGAACGCUCCAGCCCACUCAGCACUGUGACACGCACCUGCCCCCUGUGCUGAUGCUAACCCAGCUGAGGCCCAUGGGGCCUCUGCACAGACCCAUGUCUGGUGGAAAAUCUGAGUGUGUGUAGCACCUCCCCCCCGCCCUGGGGCUCUUGCAAUUCCAGAAGCCAGGUCACUUGUAACGUGCUGUUGGACCCUUGCCAUACCCACAGCCCCUAGAAGUGAGAACACUGUAUUCCUAAGACUUACACUUGGGUUGUUUACUUCUGUUUAGUUUCUGGCAAAGCAAAGCACAUGAGGGAGGAACUGUCUUUAUUUCAGAUGAAAGUGUCUUAACUCUCAGCAUUCUUGCCCUACACAGCUAACAUAGCAACAGAAGUCGUGAGGCAAACAUCUUACUUCUAAUGAACGAAAGUACUGCACUUUAUUUAUAGGCUACGUAUUUUGGCUUCUGCGGUACUUUGUUGUCUACACGUAAUUUGGACAGGGUUGUAUGUUUGGAGUAGUUUAUUGUACAGGAAAGAUGACAAAUGCCACUAAGUAGUGAAACUGCUGUGACUUUUAUGAAAUAAAAUCUCAGUGUCCUUAAAA